ACUUCUUUUUUAGUCCUUCUUUAAAUUAAUUUUCUCAUUCUCUCUCUCUCUUUCUCUUUUCUGUGUUUUUCCAAAUCAAAAAAUACCAAAACCAACUGCGUAGCGUAAUAACCCCAAAAUUACAUCAUCGUUGCGGACAUUGUUGUUUUAUUUUUCUUAAAUAAUGGAAACUAUGUGUUUAAAAACAGGGAUAGUUCCCUCCAUCUCAAUCGGUGGUUCAUUAGAUACACGCGCCGCCCCAUCUCACGUGUCCACGGUGGCUCGUUCCGCCGCUGAGAAACAACCUUCUCAAAAAUCUCUAUUUUCUAGAUUCUCAUUCAGAUACCCAUUGGAAUCUCUAUGGCCGAAACAACGUUGUUCCACGAAUACAACGUUCAGUGGAUUGUCCCUCGACGACGCCGUUUUAUCGGAUAACAGAGAUACGGCAAAAGCCGUUAGAGAUGACGGCGACGAGGCGCAGAGUGGAAACUGGGUUUUGAAGAUUUUGCAUGUGAAGUCUGUGUGGAAAGGGGAACAAGGGAAUGAUGACGAUGAUGAAAAGGAAGGAAUUGACAACGAUCAAAACAAUGAUGAUGGUGAUGAGGUGUGUGAUACUUGCGCGGUUGAUAAUGAUGAAAAAGAACAGGAUUUUCAAUUUGAUAGAGACUCGUUUUCUAAAAUGCUACGAAGGGUGUCUUUGGGUGAAGCUAGAUUGUAUGCGCAGAUGUCACAUUUGGGAAGCUUGGCUUAUUCUAUACCUAAAAUCAAGCCAGGGAAACUCUUGAAACAUUAUGGUCUGCGUUUUGUAACUUCAUCGCUAGAGAAAAAGGAAUUGGCAGCAAAAUCUGAGAAAAUUCCACAGGAAGUUGAAAGUAAAGAGAAGCAAGAAGAAACAAAGGAGGCAAAUAAUGGCGGAUAUAGGAUAAGUGCAUCAACUGCUUAUAACAUUGCUGCUUCUGCAGCCUCUUAUCUUCAUGCUCAAACGAGGAGCAUACUUCCAUUCAAAUCUUCAAAUGCGAUGGCUGGUGAAGGAAGCAAUGAAAGCCUUCACAAUAUUAACAUGAUGAACACAGAGGUGGCGUCUUUGAUGGCAACUACUGAUUCAGUUACAGCAGUGGUUGCAGCAAAGGAGGAAGUAAAGCAGGCCGUUGCAGAUGAUCUGAACUCAACUCGUUCAUCACCCUGCGAAUGGUUCAUCUGCGAUGAUAAUCAGAGUGGUACAAGAUUUUUUGUUAUUCAGGGUUCAGAGUCGUUAGCAUCUUGGCAAGCAAACCUGCUUUUUGAGCCCAUUAAAUUUGAGGGCUUGGAUAUCCUUGUGCACAGAGGUAUAUACGAGGCUGCAAAAGGGAUAUAUCAACAAAUGUUGCCGGAAGUUCACGCCCAUCUAAAAUCUCGAGGUUCUCGUGCAACUUUUCGUUUCACCGGACAUUCUCUUGGUGGAAGCUUGGCAUUACUCGUAAAUCUUAUGCUCUUCAUAAGACAAGAAGUACCGACCUCCUCUCUACUUCCCGUGGUAACUUUCGGUUCCCCUUCCAUUAUGUGUGGAGGUGACACUCUGCUAGACAAGCUGGGUCUACCACGAAGUCAUGUUCAGGCAAUUAUAAUGCACCGAGACAUAGUACCACGAGCAUUUUCUUGCAAUUACCCUGACCAUGUUGCGAAAAUCUUGAAGGCUAUCAAUGCGAAUUUUCGAAAUCACCCAUGUCUCAAUAACCAAAAGCUACUAUAUACACCAAUGGGGGAACUAUUGAUUCUACAACCAGAUGAGAAGUUUUCACCAAGCCAUCAUCUUCUACCACAAGGAAGUGGUCUAUAUCUUCUGUGUUGUCCUUUGUCAGAAUCGAACGACACAGAGAAGAAGCUCCGAGCCGCGCAGUUGGUGUUCUUGAACACACCUCAUCCACUGGAGAUAUUAAGCGAUCGAUCUGCAUAUGGAUCUGGAGGAAGCAUACAAAGAGAUCAUGACAUGAACUCCUACUUAAAGACAGUGAGGAGUGUAAUUCGCCAAGAACUUAAUCAAAUCCGAAAAUCAAUGAGAGACAAAAGGCGCAAAGUAUGGUGGCCUCUUGUAUUACCGCGGAGAGUCGACGGCAUUGUUGUCGGGAGGUCUAUGGUAUCGGUCAAUAUCGGUCAACGCCAGUCACCCUUCUCUGGCAUGAUAAAGACAGGAAGAGAGUCCUUGAAGAGGUUCAGUAGGCUUGUUGCAUCUCAACAUAUGCAUUUGUUUGUGUUGCUUGUUUUCCCUGCUAGGAUGUUAAUCUUGGGUGCAUAUAGCUUAAUUAGCCUUAGAUGAAUUUAUAAAAUGAUUCAUUAUUUAUUAUUAUGAGGGAGGGAAAGGGAGUGUAUAAAACAAGGGCACAUGGUUAGUUGAAUGUUAGGUGAUUCUUUAUUCAUUGAUUUAUAAAUUUAAAUAUUUUACCAUUUCUUUUGUGUUUCUCAUGAAUCCUGCUUGUAGAGGAAUAUUCCUCAACUAUUAACACGUAAAUUUAAUCAAUUACUAGUAAUUUGUAUUCAAGUGGUGCUUUUAUUAAUCCAAUACUUUAAUGAAAA